CUUGCCUGUGCAUGCCUUAAAGAGAAUGUAGUCUCUCUCUUGCUCGGUCGUCUCGCCCUUCGUCUUCCAGUGCUUCUUUAACUGCCUUGUUUCGACAGAACAAGUGGUCCAUAUUCCCCAGUGAUGUGGAAGCCUUCCCUCAACUUCAUCACAUUGCAUUAUGCGUAUAUCAUUACCCUGAGCAUCCUCAGUCUGGCCAUCAUCUAUCCAUAUGGCAACCUCCAAGCCAUUGACGCGUUCUUCUUCGGCGCGAGUGCCUCGACAGAAUCCGGGCUGAACACUGUUGAUGUCAAUAUCCUGAAAACGUAUCAGCAGGUCUACAUCUAUGUGACUCCUAUCAUCAGUAAUCUUGGCUUCGUCAACAUUAUUGUGGUGGUUGUACGGCUGCGCUGGUUCAACAAGCGUCUCAAGGAAGCGGCCCCCUCUUUUCUCCGGCAAAGAUGGAUGAAAGAUGACACAGAAGCGGAAGCAGGGAGUACUUCAAAGACGGCCACGACUUCAGAAAAACAAGACUCUUUUCAGAAUGAGUCGCAGAGCCAGCCCUUCAGCAAUACAGGUUCCAGUCUUCCCCCUACCACCAUCGCAUUCGCUGACAAUGUGGAUGAUUCUGGCCUGGAUAAGGCGCUCUACGUUCCUCCUCCCUGGCAACGGGAUAGAGGACAGCCAAUUGUGGAAGUCAAUAAUAUGUUGAGUGACUGUGAGCGAACCAGAUCUUUCGACACCCAGGCAGUCAAAUCCGGCACUUCUCGCCGGCGGUUCGAGGAUCGACUAGCUCGAACAAAGACCCUGGAGCGAGUUGCAUCCUCAAUGUUUAUCAUCAGUCCGUCCACCAGUCAUGGCCCGAAGGCGCAGCCUCAUUCCCUCAACCAGUCCCUUUCUCAGCAGCUGGACCUGCCUGAAGUAUCGUCGCAUGCUACGAUCGGCCGUAACUCGCAGUUCCAUAACCUGACUGCCGAGGAUCGAGAGAUGCUCGGUGGAAUCGAGUUUCGCAGCCUGAAACUACUACUCAAGAUCGUCACUGUGUAUUUCUUUGGUCUUCACCUCUUUGGCGCAAUCUGCCUGGUCGGUUGGAUCCAGCACACAAAUCCCAAGUAUCGCGAAUACCUUGCCAAAUGUGGGCAAGGCAACGUCUGGUGGGGCUUCUAUUCCGCGCAGACAAUGGUAGAUAACCUCGGCUUUACCCUCACACCCGACUCAAUGAUCAGUUUCCAGGACGCAACAUUCCCAUUGAUCCUCAUGAGCUUCCUCGCGUAUGCCGGCAACACUUUCUAUCCAUGUCUCCUGCGGUUCGCUAUCUGGACCAUGUUCAAGCUCUGCCCCGACCGUUCCGCAGUGAAAGAACCUCUUAACUUCCUUCUUAAGCAUCCCCGCCGCUGCUACACGCUCCUUUUUCCUAGCAAACCCACUUGGGUCUUGUUCGGCAUCCUCUUCACCCUGAACUUCGUAGACGUCAUCCUUAUCCUCGUGCUCGACCUGCACAAUCCUGCUGUGAACAAUCUCCCCGCCGGCACGCGCCUUCUGGCCUCUAUCUUCCAAGCCGCCUCCGCCCGACACACCGGCACGGCAGCCUUCAAUCUUGCUAAUGUCAACCCCGCCGUGCAAUUCAGCCUGCUCGUAAUGAUGUACAUCGCUAUCUACCCGAUCGCCAUAAGUGUACGCGCCUCCAACACAUACGAGGAGCGCGCCUUAGGGAUGUACUCUGACAACACCACCAUUGACGAAACGAACGGGCGAUCAUAUAUCCUCUCGCAUAUCCGCAACCAGCUCACCUUCGACCUGUGGUAUAUCUUCCUAGGGAUCUUCUGCAUCUGCGUCGCGGAGUCAGGCCGUAUCAUGGAUCCCGACGAGCCAGCUUUCGCUGUAUUCCCGAUCUUCUUUGAGGUCGUUUCCGCGUACGCGAACGUCGGUCUAAGUCUCGGUUACCCGACCGUCAGUACCUCCCUGAGUGGGCAGUUUACCGUCUUCAGCAAGCUGGCUAUCUGUGCGAUGAUGAUCCGCGGUCGUCAUCGGGGUCUGCCGUAUCAGCUUGAUCGGGCGAUUGUGCUACCGAAUGAGCGGCUGGACGAUGCACUUGAUGGAUAUGGCGGUGAGGAUGCGAGGGUUGUAAGACGGAUGGACAGGAUUAAACGCUUUUAUACUAGCUAGUAUAUAGUACACAGAGUAUCUAAAAGAUGC